UAACUUUUGAUGUAAUAAGUUAGAGAUGAAUUUUUAUUUGGUGCAAAUUUUGGUAUGGGGAUGGAGAUAGUUUCACAACCCAAAUGAUUUAUCCAUCACAAGGUAAAAUUGAUGGAAACACUUUCUUCUUCAAGUGCUGGAAUUCAAGUGUUUCUCCAACACUUGAAGAGCAAGACAGAAUUUGAAGAAGAAGACAUAGAAUCUAAAAAAGAAGCCACAAAAUUUGAAGAGGAAGACACGGCAUCUGUGGAAUCGGCUGCAAAACCUUAGAAUGAUGUUUUUUGUCCAAGGAAAAUAGCCUAAUAUGUUGAAACCUUCCUAGGUUAAUCUCUUCAAGGAUAACAGAAAGUAAGAUGUAAGUACGAAACUUCAAAGUUUUGAUGAUCGUCACGACGAAGUCAUUUUAGAUUAGCAAGACAUAGACGACGUCAAAACAGUUUGGGGGUAUUGCUUAAUAGGAUAUUUUGCUGGAUAGUUUCCAAGUAAAACUACACUAGUUCACAGGCCCGGUCCUGAGGCCAGGCGGAUGAGACCUGCGCCUCAGGCCCAAAAUCCAAGGGGGCCUGGGCUGCGGGCUGCAUACUCUAAAAACGAAAAAAAAAAUCCACUAAACCCGAUCCACUAUCCACACUCAAUUUCCCCCAAAUGUCAAUUGAUUCCCGUUUUCCCCCAAAUCGGAUUGGCAACCGGCAAAAUCGAAAACCCUUCCGUCGCCACUCUCGACAAUUUACUCGAAUCUCCUUGAAUCCUUCUUCAGCUUCCAAGUUCAACCUUCAAGGCUUCAACCCUAGCUCGACUGGAGUCUGGACAUCUCCUAUUCUCCUUCCGCUUCCGAGUUCAACGGCGUAGCCCUAGCGGUUGAGGGUCGGGAGUUGUGAGCUUGUGACAGUGGAAUUCUUGAAAGUGUAACUCCAAAGUUUUCGUCAAAAUUCUACUUGUCAGGUUAAUCAUUGAGCAUCAGAUAUAGACUCAUACACCAUGCCUCCUAAAUAUGAGUCUGGUGCUCAAAAGAGAAAAAGGAAACGAACUGAGAUUUCAUUAAUUCAAAGUCAAGCAGAGGAUAUUGGCAAGUACUUUAAAAGCAACAAUAUGAAUACGUUGAAUGAGGAUGAAGUAGAGAUUCAACCUGCAUGUGUUAAUGAAGUAGAUGAUAAGGAUAAAGAAGUGAGUCAACCUGCCUAUGUUGUAGUAGAUGAUAAGGAAGAAGAGGUGAUGAAACAUACAUGUAUUAAUGAAGUAGAUGACAAGGAAGAAGAGGGAUGCUCUUCUCUAAAUUUGGAUGAUCCCGGGAAUUGGAAAAUUAUUGAUCAGAGAACAAGGGAUUACUUGGUUGAAAGGGGUCCAAAAAGAGUUGAUGAUAUCUCGUUUCCGAAAGAUUGUACAAAUAGGCAUUUUGAUUCUUCACAAUAUAAGCGAUUGCUACGAAAUGGGCAAACAAUUGAUAGAAGAUGGCUAGUCUAUUCAAUAUCUAUGGACAGGAUCUUUUGCUUUUGUUGUAAGUUGUUUAAAACAGCCAAAAACGCUACCAGAGUUGGCCAACUUGGUAACGAUGGAUUCAAAGAUUGGUAUAAUUUGCAUCAGUCUAUUAAAAGUCAUGAAGGAAAUGAAGAGCAUUUAUGUUGCAUGACUAGCUGGAUUGAAUUGGAAAAUAGGCUUCGAACAAAAACUACAAUUGAUAAAAGCGUUGAAUUGUUGAUCGAUGUGGAAAGAGAACAUUGGAGGCAUGUACUAACAAGGAUAAUCGCUAUUGUAAAAAGACUCGCCAAAAACACCUUGCCAUUUCGAGGAAAUGAUGAGAGGCUAAAUGUUGAAAACAAUGGUCUGUUUUUACAAAUGGUGGAAAUGGUUAGUGAAUUUGAUCCAAUAAUGAAAGAGCACCUUCGGCAGGCUAAUGCAAAAGAGAUUCAAUACACGUAUCUUGGCAAAAAAAUUCAAAAUGAGUUGAUACAGUUGUUAGCUAAUGAGGUGAGAAAUGCAAUUGUCAAGAAAGUUAAACAUGCAAAAUAUUUUGCAGUUAUACUUGAUUGUACUCCAGAUGCAAGUCAUGAGGAGCAGAUGUCGUUAAUAGUACGAUUUGUAGAUGAUUCGGCAAACUUACCUACAGUUGAAGAACAUUGGCUUGAAUUUUUGAAGGUAGAUGACACAACAGGACUUGGACUGACAACCGAGCUUCAAAAAGCUUUGAUCAAAUUCGAUCUGGAUAUUGAUGACAUUAGAGGGCAAGGGUAUGAUAAUGGAUCUAACAUGAGCGGGAAGUACAAAGGUGUGCAAAGAAGAGUACUUGAAAUGAAUCCCCGAGCUUUCUAUACUCCAUGUGGCGCUCAUAGUCUAAAUCUAGCGUUAUGUGAUAUGGUGAAUUGUUGUUCCAAAGCUGUAUCGUUCUUUGGAGUGAUACAUCGCAUCUACACUUUGUUUUCAUCUUCUACCAAGCGAUGGCAAAUUUUUAAAGAUAAUGUAAAAGGGUUGACAGUAAAGCCGUUGUCACAAACACGUUGGGAAAGUCAUGUUGAGAGUGUGAAGCCUAUAAUGGAGCAAACUGCACAGAUAAGAGAAGCAUUACUUGAUUUGGUAGAAACUAACUAAGAUCCUAAAGUAAAGAGUGAA